AUGUCGACACAUUCGACGCUGAUCAAACCCCCGAAAUCUCUUCCUCACCACUCCCCUAUCGAGAAUGUCCUUUCCCUCCUGCCCCUCGUCGAUAUAGGGCCAGACAUCUACACCAAUGCGAGACCGCUAUGGCAUCCUCCUGGCGCGAGAGGGAUUUACGGGGGUGCAGCCAUCGCUCAGUGUCUCAGCGCAGCCCAAGCCACCAUUCCCAAAGACUUUACGGUCCAUAGCAUGCACUGUUACUUUGUACUGGCCGGAAACUCCGAGAUUCCCAUAUUAUACCACGUGGAGAGAGUCCGCGAUGGGAAGAGCUUCAUCACACGAACGGUACAAGCCCGUCAGAGAGGGAAAUGCAUCUUCACCACCACUUUGUCCUUCAUGAAGGAGGACUCCGGCGGCAAGCAGACGGUGCAGCAUGCGUCCAAGAUGCCGGCCGACAUCCCGGAGCCGCCCGCGCUGGACCCCAAUCAAGAUUUCUGGUCAUUCAAAGCUAGCGGUAGUAUUGACGAUCGGCCUUUUGAAAGCGUUCGCGUCCCCGGCACACGACACACAGAGCCUUCGGAGCGGAAGCUUCGCCAGUGGCUACGGGCCCGUGGCCGCAUCAGCGACUGUCCACCCGAGGUACGCGAGCAGGAAAUCACUGAUGGCGAACGAGCCAACAAACCAGGCGACAAUCACCAAGCCCACCUGUCUGCACUAGCAUACAUGUCCGACAGCUACUUUAUCGGCACGGUCGCCCGCGUUCACAACCUCAUCCGGUUCGCCAGCCGGAAGAACAUUGAGAACACGCUGCGUAACUUCAAGGGGCCCGAGGAAGAACGGGCGCAGAUGGAACGAUACCUAGAGAAUAUCGCACGUGAUGAGGAAGAGGAAAACAAGGAAUUUGGACGGCCACCCGAGAGUGACGGCCGACGCAUCGGCAUGAUGGUCAGUCUUGACCAUACAAUUUACUUCCACAAUCCACGCGCCUUCCGAGCUGAUGAAUGGAUGUUGACCGAGAUGGAGAGUCCCUGGGCAGGUGACGGCAGAGGCGUCGUGCUUCAACGCAUUUGGACUAAAGGCGGUACCCUGAUUGCCACGUGUGUGCAGGAAGGCUGUGUGAGGUUGCAGCAGCAAAAGGAGAGUAAGAUAUAG